AUGGAAAUAACUCAAACCCUCCUCCUCCUUCCCACUCUCUUUCUCUUCUUCCUCCUCUCAGGGCAACAAGGUUUGCUAGUUUCAGCUGCUCACCACCACCACCACCGCCACCACCACACACACCGCCACCUGUUUGAUUGGCAGCCCACAAAGCUCUUUGUUUUUGGAGAUUCAUACUCCGACACAGGAAACAACAGAAAAUCAGUGGCAAGUUCUUGGAAAUAUCCGUACGGAAUCACAUUCCCAGGCAAACCCAGUGGCCGUUUCUCCGAUGGCCGCGUCCUCACUGAUUUCCUCGCAAAGUUCAUAGGUGUGAAGUCUCCACUACCAUACAGAUUUAGAAAAAUCGGGGUCCAACAUUUGAAAUAUGGAGUGAAUUUUGCACAUGGAGGCACAGGUGUGUUUAAGACCUUGGUUUUGGAUCCUAACAUGACAACCCAGAUUGACUUCUUCCAGAACCUCAUACAAAACGUUUCUGUCUUCACCCCCAAGGAUCUCCACUUCUCCGUGGCCCUCGUCACAGUUUCCGGCAAUGACUACGCAACUUAUGUCGCCACAAAUGGCUCUGUUCAGGGUUGGCAACCCUUCAUCACAUCAGUAGUAAAUCAAUUGACUGUGAACUUGAAACGUAUAUAUGACUUGGGAGUGAACAAAAUAGUUGUCAUAGCUCUUGAACCUCUGGGAUGUCUCCCUCGGAGCACAGCCGAAUUUUCUUUCCAAAAGUGCAAUGGAACGGUGAACACCCUAGUCGGUUUCCACAACCUCUUGUUGCAGCAAGCUGUGGCCAAGUUGAACAACGAAACCAAGUCUUCUUCUUUCCUCAUUCUUGAUCUUUAUACCUCCUUCACAUCUGUGUUCAAGAACAAAGGCGACCUAGGAAGCAUAAAGUUUGAGAACCCAUUGAAGCCAUGUUGUGUUGGUGUAAGCAGUGGAUAUUAUUGUGGGAGUCUGGAUGCAAAUGGCACAAAGAAAUAUACCAUUUGUCAAAACCCUGAAUCUACAUUCUUUUGGGACGAUUCUCACCCUACCCAGCAGGGCUGGCGCGCUGUGUAUUCUACUUUGCGAUCCACACUUGAAGAGCUCUAUACUAAUUAA